AAUUGAUUCAGGUCUUUUCGGGUCACGAGUCCUCGAACUAUAGGGUCGAUUAAUUCUGUUUAUCCCGCAUGUAGACAUGCUGUUUAAAACCAUACACCACGGAAUUUAACUGAUUCAAAAACACAUGCGUUUAUAAUUAUUUUACAUAUUGAGAACAUGACAGAAACAGCCAUAAUAGGCCAGGCGGUUAUGCUAAAGUUAUUAAACCAAAAUUAUUGAAAUAAAGCGCUUGUUGAAACACACAUCAGCUUAUGUGAUAAUUCACAUAUUGAUAAAUGGAACGACAUUCUGAUCUUAAACCAUCGUCCCGGCGGUCUGGGUUUGGAUCUGUUAUUACUUGGUUUUCCAAUAGUCUCACUUGGUUGCCAUACCUUGGAAAAACAUUAGGCGGCAGCAUUAAGAAUCCUUCUUCGGUUCGCUUCUAUGGUAUUGGAGGUAACACACGUGUUCCUGUGGAGUGUUUCCGGGUCACACGUGUAUUUUUGGCCGGUCUUUCGCAGUGCUAUUGCAUGGUUUGAGAGCCAUGCCGAAACGACAGCAAAAAAGCCAGGAUGAAUGUUGUGCUAAUCCAGAAUCAUCGGUGUCGCAGGUCGAGGGCGACACCGGGACCGAGGUGUCCGCUCCUGCUGCGAUGCGAACGCGGAGCGGCCGUCGGAUCCUUGCUCCCAGUUACCUUCUGGAUUCUGAAGCUCCAAGUCCGGCUAAAACUUCUAGGCGUCGUUUAAAGAGCGAUGUUCAGAGGGUCACUGGGUCCGAAUCAUCGGGCGAUACAGGAGCACUGCAGGAAUGCGUCACGAAUAUGGACACAGACAUAGGGUCAGAACCCGAAGCCAAAGGAAUCAGAAGCGACGCCAGUGAGCCCAACAGUCCUGCCCAAGAACCGCCGGUCGGAGUCGCUGAACCAGCGGACUCAGCAGACCCGGUAGCGACAGACCCUGGACAUGGGGACAAUGAGAAAGGGAACAGCAUGUCUGUGAAGACACUUAGUAACGCUACGGAAAGAAGUGCUAAUUCCCAAUCAGGGGGGAAGCAGGACCACAUGAUACCCACAGGGAAGCCCAAAUCCGGACGCGUGUGGAAAAACCGUAACAAGCAGAGGUUUUCUUCUCUGUUGCGGGACAAACCACUUCGUUCCUCAUGGGAAAAAAAGAUGGAGGCGAAACGAGAGAAGGAGCUUGUGAAGAAAUAUGCCCAGCAGUUAAAGGAGGAGAAGGCGCGAGAGAAGGAGGAGAAGAGGAAGCGAAGGGAGGAAGGCUUGAGAAGACGAGAGGAGAAUGAAAGGAAAGCGGAGAUUGUGCAAGUGAUCCGGAACCCGGCGAAGAUGAAGAGGAUGAAGAAGAAGCAGCUGAGGCGAAUAGAAAAGAGGGACACGCUGGCCCUGCAGCAGAAAGCGGCACGCCAGAACCCAAGUGGCCCUCAGAAAGCAGCCAAGCGAAGCCAAUGAAGAGGCUGCGGGGUGUCAUGUGACCUAGGCAUGGCUUGUCAUGUGACCGUGGGGACCGUGUCAUGGCAGGGACAGUACUGCAUGUCCCAUGUCGGCGUCGCACGCAGCUCCAGGUCGUUUGUCGGACAAUAUACUUCACCUGCAUCUCAGCAGUAUGUGUCCGAUGCCAAACAAAUUGGUUGGUGUAAGACAAAUAGUUCUGCUUGUAACUUUUACACAACCUAAGAAGGUAAAUCUGAAAUCAUUAUUUUACAAUGGAGAUAAUUUAAAUAUCUGUUCCCUUAUGUCAUAUUAGUGUUUCAUUGUUUUGUUUUUUUUAAAUACCUUCCUUGUGGAAAUUACCUUCAUUCAAAUAUGUUUGAACUUCCGUGACUCACUACUAAAUGUCUCAUCAGUUAAGCCAUGGCAGCAAUAAAAAGUGCUUCUCGUAUUCUUGCUCUCCUGCCUUCGUUCAUUGCUUGUAUCACUAAUGUUUACUUUUGCUUUUAGAUGGGAUUGUUUUGUGGCUUACUGGUGUCAUUUUUGCACCCCCACCAGCAAAAAGUACCGAAGGUUAUUCAGUUUGGUUUCACUUUUACUUUAGUAAACAUAGAGUAUGGCAGAUGAUGAGUUUAAUUACACUUUCUGCUGCAUGGUGGACUAGCUGGCCGCCUGUUCUUUGAAGUAAACACGUGACUCACAGUAAAAUCAAAAACAUUGGUGGUUUCCUGAGCGUUGCUUUCACUUUUUCUCUGAUCUUAAUACAUUUUGGGGACUUCCCGUGGUGUUUCUGAUAUGUCAGCUGUCCAUUUGAAACUGCUGCAAGCCGACACGAAAGGUUCCUGUUGAAUUGCACUGCCAUCUGAGUCUGCUAUAGACUCGAGGUUUUCACGAAACAAUGUACCAAUGUGCAUUCACCUCGAUGCUUUGAGGUUUGUUUUGCUGAGUUCUUGUUAAAUUUUUAUCAGAUUGGCAGGCUGUUUUCAUUUGAGCAUCUUCCUGUAAAUCACAUGACUGGAAACAUGCCCAAACCCUCCCCUCGGCCACGACGGUAUAAAAACAACCAUCAUCCUGAGCUCUACAUGCGACAGUAGAAUAAGACACAGCAUCACAGUAAGCAUGGCGACCGUAAUUCAUCAGAUGCUUAAUAGCGUCUGGGGGACCCCGAAACAUGAGAGGACCAGGUCACCUGCUCCUACCCCGGUGCCCUUCGACCAGACCUUCCAGGGCAGCACCCACGCCACCCUCAAUGCCGUCAAAGAGGGCGUGUCUCUCAAUCCUACCUCCAGCCACAUCUCCGUGUCCGUCUUUGAUGGGUCCAGCGGCAAAAAGGUCAAGCUGCAGCUCCUGGAGACCGACACCGUCGGGAAGGUGAAAGAGUUGCUGAAGGAGGGCCCUAUGCCAGGACAAAGCCUGGAGCUCGCCUGCAACGGCAAGCCUGUGGUGCAGCAUCAGACCCUGAAGGAGCUAUGCGUGCUUGGGAAAGUCACCUUCAUCACCUACCGCAAGUGUGUUGGUGGUUAGUUGUGGGAAGAUUCAUCCAAAAAUGUUUAAUAUCAAAUGAAAUGUACAUUUCCGUGCUUUGUCUGUCAGUUACUGUGUGACACUUUAAUUUUUUUGUGUGAUUUUUAAUUGUGUAUGACCAAUUAUAACAAAUCACAGUUUUCUUGAAUGUCAUGUUAAAUACUUGCAAGUAAUUCAGGCUACUGUUUACUUGUAUUUGUUACCCAAAAUGCUCUGAUUUCAGUUUCUCCCAAUAAAUGUUAUUUACACAAUAACAUUUCCAUGUAUCGAUUUUUCACAGCUAUAGAUAAUGUCUGCAAGUAUUUCUUACAACUUAUUACUGUCAUUCAGUGCAUUUUUGUAACGAUACAUGCUGCUGCUACUUAGUGGAACAUUUUAAGAAAUUAUUUUCAAACUUUAACCUUCAUAUUAAAUAAAUCAUCUAUUGUCCUUGUAA